UGUACACCCAAGACAGUUCUUCAUAAGGACGAGUCACUGUGAUUGUACAAUUGACCGAGAUAGCCUGCUCUGUUCCUUCUUUCACCAAUCAACCAUGAGUCGCAAUUUCAUCGCGCCGGCUUUGGCUCUCGUAUCUGGUGUUUUCGUAGGAUACUACACAUUCCAACCUGCAUUACGGGACUAUGCCGAAAAAUCAAGCCACCCGCCCGUGCUCCAGGAGUCCCAAAAAGAACAUAUGGAUAAACAUGUGGAAAGAAAAGACCAGCCCCUUUCUCCGGGCCCCGUCACUAUCGUCGAUCCCGGAGCUCCAUCUUCAAGCUCGUGGAGUCAGAGACUUGGGGCGUCCGGCAACCGGACUUCCAGUAGUGAUGCAGCUAAUCAGACGAAAUAGCUAGUAUCAGAGCCCAUUAGUGAGGAUUCCAGAGAAGUUGAGGGUUGAUGGAGAACUUGGGUCUAAUUUUUCCAGGUUAGAUGGCAACCGAAAGAGAUCGAGGGAGCCGCGAACACUUGAAUAUUAACCUUGUUCAAUGCUAUCGGUGGGUUGGCUGUUGAAUCGACAAGACAGACCUUCAAUACCAGGAGACUAGCUUGUGACCUGGUUCUUGUGUUCAUUAUACCUCCCUGGAGCCACACAGAUUUGCUGAAGUGUAUCUUGCGUCGGGAGAGCUGCGUGUGUCAAAUGAUGAGUUCAUUAUUGAACUACUUCGGGAAAUUCUUCGACUAGAUAGCAUACACUUAUAUGCACUUCUGCCUCCACCCAAAACCGCUUAUGCAUGUAUGGGCUUACUUUCCAUCUCCUAGGUCCUGUCAUUAUAUAGGCCACUAUAUAAAAUGGAAUUUCUAGAACCACAUUGACUUUCCCCUUCUGGAUGCCCAUGCUUUCAUGAGGAUGCUCUGAGUGCUCACUGAGUAUUUUACAUCACAGGAGAAUAGAGAACUUGAAAAAGUCUGAAUAAGUGCAAUAUCGAUGCUAACUGUCACGGAACUCAACUAGACGAUGAAUAGGAUGCUAUUCAGCUAUCUAGGCAGCUAUCGACGAGAACUUCAAGCAUGGAGAGGAAGGAAAAAGGGAAGAGAUCUACGUGAAGCUGGACGACGUACUCCUAUCCACGCGCCACGCUAAUCCAAGUAAGGAAGUUCACGUGCUCGUCCUGGUCUACAUGGCAAGGGCCCUGACAACAUCAAGG